ACUUUCUUGGUGUUUCACCCUGGUUCACCCGGCGUGUACUCAUCCGUUUGUAGUUUUCUGACAUUUUUCUGUUUGUUACAAAAUGUUUAUCAGAUCAACUUGUGCAAAAUACAUGGAAAACCUUAGUAAUAGUGCGCGUGAAUCAAUCAUGAGGCUUCGAAGGAUGCUUCAUUAAUUGAAAAAGCCUACGACACUUUUUACAUAAGAAGUGCCAUGGAUGAUGAAGAGCGUCUAGAAGGAGAAGAAGAAAUGGAGCUUGACGAAGCUUCUGACGGAGAAGAUGAAGAUGAGGAAACUGCAGGGAUCCCAGUUUCCCCUGCCAACUCCGACCAAAUGCUUGGUCCAGCUCCUAUUUCUGGAAACAUGUUAUGCGCGGUCAUACCAGAUGAACCGUUUCCUGAUCCACUAAGGUAUCAAAAAUUUCCUCAUCCCAGUGGGAAACCUUUGAACAUCCGGAGAGGUCCAGGAAGACCUCGUAAAGAACGUCCUCCUGGAUCUAUCAGAGGUGUUGGAGUUCGUAAAUCAUUUGGAAGAGGAUCCGCGAGAGGCAAAGGGCUUGGCUAUGCGCGAGGAAUGCCUCGUCGUACUAAGAGCAAAGAUGAUGAUACCCAUUCUGAAUCACCAAGUCCUCUUAGAAUCGGCGAUGAUGGACAAGGAGAUGGUGGUGAAACUUCCGGUACCGACAGAUCAAUGCCAGCUCCUGAUGAACCACCUAAUUUUUUAGAGCAAUGGCCAGGAAAAGUGUGCGCUUUUUGUAAUUUGGGAGAACGAAGUCAAUUGGGUCAAGGAAAAAUGGACAGGUAUACAUUGCCUGAAGGAUUUAUUCCCAUGAAGAAUGCGAUUCGUGAAGAUUCGGAAGUUCCGUUAGACAUAAUUAAUCCAGGUGACAAGAGUCCGCGCAUGAUUGGACCUGGAGGAGCUGUUACAUGUCGUAGGCAAAAAAGUCUCGCCAAAUGCAGGAAUCCUAAUGUUACCAAUUUCAUUGAACCAAUAGAAGAGUUAACGAUAGUUGGCUAUUCGGAAGAGCCAGAUGUUGGAAUUUUGUUUGAGCCAACUGGACAUUUUUAUGCUCAUUUUUCUUGUGCAGUGUGGUCUAGCAAUAAUCAAAAUGUAACACCCGAACUUAUAAGCGCCACUGUCAUUCAAGCCUCUUCGCGUCGCUGUGCCUCUUGUUCUCAUUAUGGAGCGGGAUUGUCUUGUAAAGUGGGAUCGUGCAAUCGUUAUUUUCAUUUGCCGUGUUCAGCUGCUUCUAGUUGCUUUCAGGAAAAAACUACAUUAUCAUUAUUCUGCAAUAUUCAUUCCGACCAAGUCCCUCGACUUUUAAAUUUCGACGUAAGCUGUAUGAUAUGUGGUCAAAUGGGAGACGUUUCAAAACUAGUGAUGUGUUCAAGUUGUCAUCAGCACUAUCAUGGACUUUGUGUUGGUUUGCGUCUAUUACCAGGAGUUCGUGCAGGAUGGCAGUGUUCAACUUGUCGGGUAUGUCAGGUGUGUCGAGAACAUGAAGACGUAUCGAAAGUAAUGGUCUGUGAAAGAUGUGAUAAGGCAUAUCAUCCAGGCUGUAUGAGACCAAUUGUUACGUCAAUUCCAAAAUUUGGUUGGAAAUGUUUAUGUUGUCGUAUAUGUACGGAUUGUGGAUCUCGUACUCCAGGCGCUGGACUAUCUUCUAGAUGGCACGCCCAAUAUACUGUUUGUGAUUCGUGUUAUCAGCAAAGAAAUAAAGGAUUCUCGUGUCCACUUUGUCGAAAGGCUUAUCGCGCAGCCGCCUAUAGAGAAAUGGUACAGUGUAAUGGAUGUAAAAAAUUUGUUCACGGCACAUGUGAUCCUGAUGCGGAUCCCCAUACUUAUCAGAAAAGGAAAGAAGAAAAUCCAGAUUAUGAAUAUGUUUGUAAGAAUUGUAAAAAUCAAGCUCUUAUGAAACGUAAAGAUAGUUUAGAUGACCAUGGAUUGGAUAUGAGUUUAACUGGAUCUCAAGACAGUCUUUAUGAUGGUGAUUCGUCAGAGUAUGAUUAUACUGGUGGUUAUGAUGAGUCUUAUUAUCCGAUGGGAAUGGGGAAAGGAAAACCAUUUUGCGCUUCCAAAAUUGCUAAGAAACGAUUUGGUGGUGGCGUUGUUGGACGGCCGAAAGGAAUGGGAAAACACGGGUAUCAAAAGCGGCAAAAGAUGAACGAAUUUGGCCGUAAAAGGGGACCAAAAGCAAAAAUGAGGGGUAUUUUUGGAGUGCCUGGUGUUGGAUUACAGUGUAUGUCUGAUUCGUCAAAGGAGGACGAGCCAGGAGUAGAAAACAGAUUGGUCUUGUGUUCAGCGAAGGAUAAAUUUGUUUUAACACAAGACAUUUGUGUGAUGUGUGGAGCUAUUGGGACAGAUCAAGAGGGAUGUUUGAUAGCUUGUGCACAGUGCGGACAAUGUUAUCAUCCUUACUGUGCCAGUGUGAAAGUCACGAAAGUAAUUUUGCAGAAAGGUUGGCGUUGUCUCGACUGUACAGUUUGUGAAGGUUGCGGCGAAAAAACCGACGAGGGUCGUUUGAUACUUUGUGACGACUGUGACAUAAGCUAUCACAUCUAUUGCUUGGAACCACCAUUGGAUUAUGUGCCGCAGGGUAGUUGGAAAUGCAAAUGGUGUGCACAAUGUCAAACCUGCGGUUCAGAUAAUCCAGGAUUUAAUUGUAGUUGGCAGAAGAAUUACACCCAGUGUGGACCUUGCGCUUCACAUACAAUUUGCCUCGAGUGUCAACAGCCUUACACUGAAGGUGAUUUAAUAAUCCAGUGUAGUCAGUGUCAACGAUGGCUCCACUGUUCCUGUGAUGCAAUUAAAACCGAAGACGAUGCGGAAAAGUGUGCUGAAGUUGGUUAUAAUUGCACCCAAUGUCGCCCCAGUGACGAACCACCGCCUCAUAUACUACGUAGUUUGCCGAAACCACAACCUAAAUAUCCUCGAUCACCACCUCCACUUACUCGGAGUCCGGAACAUUAUAAGCCUUCACCUCAACAGUAUUUAGUCGAUGGUGUCUAUUUAUCGGAAUCGGGUAUGAAUCACAUUAAAUCGUUAACAUUCGAGCAUCAGCAAACGAGGAAGAAACGAAGAAAGUUGCCAGUGGUUGAUAAAGAAGCGGACAUAAUGGCAACCAUUGAGUCUGUGGUGGCUGGAGGAAGUCAUGAUAAUUCCUUGGACGAUGGUAGCGGGAAGCUAGAACUUCUCGACGUGAAAGAUGAACCGAAUGAAGUUUUAAAGGAAGGAAUGGCGUGGACUCCACGUAGUGGUGAACCACCGCCUGAAGGUUUCAGUAUUUAUACUACUGAAAAUGGAGUAACGGUUCUGAGAAGAAAACGUCAACGAAAUUUACAAAAACUUGGUAUUGGCGGUUUCGUUGUCAGGCUGAGGGGAACGAGAAGAGAUAAAGAAGAGGAAGGAGAUGGAGAGAAGCUUCCCGAGGGAAUAAUGAGUCUGUCAGACGACAAACCACGCAGGAAGCCUCAGAGAAGAAAACCAAAGACUAAGCUCUCCGAAUGUUUUCCUUCUUAUAUGCAAGAGGCAUUCUUCGGCAAGGUUCUUAUGGGCACAACCAAAGACAAAGAUCUGGAAAGCAGCAGUGAUUCCGACAAUGAACACAAAACCAAUCACAAUACUGGUACCAUUCAAUUGUCACAAGAUGAACUUAAGGCCAUUCAACAAGUCAAGGCCAAACAGGAAAAAGAGGAAAUCAAAAUACCAAUGGAGUUGCAUAUUAAAAGAGAAGAGAUGAUGGAUGAAGAUGCCAGUGAUCCUGAAGCUCUUGGUGAUAUACUGCCGAUUUCUGGUGAUUUACUGGAUAGUGAUUUAGUUAAUACGAUUAUGAACGAGCCUGAUGAAGAUUUGGCUAAAGCUAGUGAAGCCUUAGAGGAAUUGGAUGAUGCUCAAGGUUCUACGAAGGAUGAGUUGACUGAUAUCCUCAGUCCGCACUUUAAUUUGGAGUCUAUGGUUAGAGAUACUGGAUUGCCAAAUAUGGACAGCAAAGACGUGGAAGAAAUCUUUAAGGGUGUCCUUACUGAUGAAUCUCAAGAAUCUCAAGAAUCUUCAGUGUUUCCGAUUCAGCCUCAAGUAACGCCACAUGCUUCUGCUCCUUCUACGCCUUUAGUUUCACCAUCUCCACAUCCAGGAUUACAAGGAAGUUUGCAGUUGGCACGACCUCAAGUUUCCACUUCUCUACCUUCUGUUGGACAGAAUAAUUUGAAUUCUCCGAUGAGUUUUCCACCUCCCUCGCCCUAUCAUUCUGAAUACAGCAAUAGUCCACAACAGUUUAGUCCUGCCUUUUCGGAACCACCGAGUCCAUGGGUUAAUCCUGAGGACGAGGGAGCUGGUGUAAAUUCUGGUGUUCCGCAUAACCAAAGAGGAAAUAAUCCUAAGAUGGAAGCCGAUGAAGUUCUAGGCACGGGAGCUACGAUCUCAAUGGUCCUUUACGCCAAUAUUAAUCAUCCAGAGUGGAAAACUGAAUUUCCAGCUUGGCCUGAUCGUCAUAAGCAAAUUCAGAAAAAAUGGCGUGCUCUGCCCGCGGAAACAAAAGCUCCCUAUUUAACGCAAGCGAGAGAAAAUAGAGCCGCAAAUCGUAUGAAGAAAACACAACAGAUACCCAAGGAUUUACCAAGCACGAACCCAGUCACUGCAACAAGCGCACCUAUCAUCACCACCAAACCUGUCACAACAAUGCCAUCAGCUCAAGUUCCUCCAGUAGUUCCAAUGGUCACCAGUCAAAAGCAAAUUGGUCUUUUGUCCUCCGUGGAUGGGGAUAAAUCUCAGGAGAAGUUGCUGUCAACAGUGGGAUCAUCAGUAGCAGUAGCAACAAGCAGUGGUCAACUAGCGGAGGUGUGUGCGGUACAAGGACCGCCGAGGCAGCUAACAUCUUGUUCUCCGAGCCCUUCCCCAACUUCUUCCACAACCCCUUCUUCUUCACCUAGACCCAGCUCUGUCAAUUCUAUAAAUUCCAUUAAUAGUCUGGCGCACCAAGAAGUUGCUAGUGGUUCGGCUAGAAUUGCACAAUCGCCAGCUACGUCUUGCACAACAACAACUGCUUCCUCUUACUGCAACGUGGUCGCCGGUGAAGGGCAACAUCAAACGUCACCACCCCAGCAACGUCCCUCACCUGUUCAUGUCACAAUCAGUACAAGUAAUAUCGUUAACAGCCAGAGCGUAUCCCAGGUCUCCCCCACUACUGCAACUGUUACGGUAGGAAUUGGCCCUGUUCGCCAAUUAUCCUCCGUUGAUCAUCAGAUUAGAGUGCUCACUCCAUCUGAAAUCAUGCGCACCCUCCCUUCCCUCUGCCAGGAGCACUACGAUCCGCCACCCACUGCAAUUAUUCACACUGUACCUGUACAGUCCCAGGCUAUGGAGCAGGAAAGGCUUACAAACAGGGACCGAUCGACUCGUGAAGCUGAACAAGAACGACAAUGGAAACAACUUCAAGCUUUGCGUCAACAACAAGCUCAACUUCAACAGCAAGUUAUUCACGAGCAACGUGUUCAUGCUAUGGCAAGAGUACACAGGCAAAUUAAUGAAGAUGGAACUCCAGUUAUGAACCAGGAUGGAACAACAGGAUUAACUACACAACUACAAGUCUCCACUUCUCAAGAUGCAAAUCAAAUAUCUUCAAUUGCCUCGGCUUCGCCAGGAUCUCGUGCCACGUUCGCUGCACCACCAAUAAAAGUUACUCGCGGCAUGGCACCGCAAAGUCCUCUCCAAGGUAUGCCUCGUUUACCGAAUCAAACAUGUACAACAGGAAUGCGACCAAUGGGAAAUGUCGUGAGGCCUGGAAUUCCUCAAGCUUUUCCCCAACCGCCAUCGCCAUUCUCACCUCAAGCCCCACAAUCGCCUCACGACUUUCCACAAUCUCCUGCUUCCACUCAAUCUCAAGAGCACUUUCAACGCUUCGAAAACAGCGAAGCAUUCUCGCAAGGCUCUCAAACACCACGAUCACAAAUUGUCAAUACCCCAACGUAUGCAACGUCACCGCGAAAUGACGUUUUUACCCAACCACCUGGUACACCACGUCCUGUUUUUAAUGCUAAUAAUAAUCGUUCCACCACACAUGUCUAUGCUCCGUCACGUACUCCUGAUCCUUACAUCAGUCAACCCGGUACACCAUCUCCGGUUUCGAAUUAUCCUUCACCCAGGUCAGAAACAAGAUCCGAACCACAAUCAACCGAGGCUUUCAGUCAGCAACCAGAGGUCAAUCGACAGCUGAGAGAUCUUCUUCAGAGGCAACAAUUCAGUAAAAAGAUUGAAACUCAUGGUGCUUCCUGGCCUCAAGAUGGUCAAAAUCCUGGUGAUGUGUUACCUCAACAAUUUGAACCCGGACAAAUACAAUUACCGCAACAUCCUCAACUGUCAGGAAAAUCGGCUGAAGGAACAUUUAGACAACCGUUGCCACCUGGAAUCGUGAGACCAAGAAUGCCGCAACCAAAUGUUCUCGUUCGAAAUCCUAUUGGUGUGAGUCCAAGACACGUGAUGGCUGGUAAACUUGACUCCACACGACUUCAGGGUUUGGAUCCUCGAACUAGAUUACUUUUAAGACCACCAGUGUCUGUUGGGGUACCUCAACAACACUUCCAAAGUAAUCAGGUUCUCCAGCGAUUACCAGGUCCGAGAGCUGCUCUUCAAGAACAUUACGAAGUCAUACAGCAGCAAAGAUUUUCGGAACCUAAUCAAGGACAAAUAACACAGCGUAUCGUAAGAGCUGGUCAGGAUGCGAUCAGUCAAGGAAUAAGAAUGUUAGGCGCUCAAAGCAUGAUUCGACCGCCUGUCAUUUCCACUAGAGUUAAUGAAACCAAUGUCAAUACACCGGAAGCUUCCGAAAUACCAGAUAAUGUCACUGCCGAAUUAGAGGAACUCGAGCAAGAAAGAGAAGCUCCUCUGGGUGAGGUCGAGAGCGUAAGUGCAAUAUUAGGAGAUUUAGGCGAAGAUGACGAUGAACUUCUUGCUGAAAUGGGAGCUGAUUUUAACAUUUUGGAAUACGCGGAUCCGGAGUUGGACAAUUUAACUGGAGGUGGAAAGACAAAUAUUCUUGAUUUGGAUCUGGAGCAAGUGGAAGUUGAACCAAAGGAGGAGAAACAGAAGAAAGACAGUAAAGUGGAACCUAAGCCUGAAGAUUUGGGAGGAACAACCACGGCGCAUACAGAAUCGAAUGAGAAAAUUGUCACGAGCACUGUACAAACUCCAACGGAGACAACUUCUGCUCCAACGCAAACACAAACGGUGCAAGGUAUUGCACCAGCGGCGCAAACUUCUCAACCAUCAGCAGGUGUUAUACCACAAACUCAUCCACAAGCGGCAAUACAGCAAUUGAAUCAACACUUACAAACAGCGGCUGCAAUGGGAAGACCCGUGGCACCAGGAACUCGAUUGCUUGCACCUGAUGGUACUAUUGGAGUUGUCACAUCGACAAACACAGUUACUGUCAGUUAUCCAUCGACUUUCCCUGGUCAUCCACAACGCAUUGCUCAAACGCAUAUGCAAGUUCAACAACAUCAACGUCUUGGAAUGAGAGUCGCUGGAGUUCAGAAUGUAGCGGGAAGAAUAGUGUCAGUCAGUCAUAUGAUCGGUCCGCGAAUGCCUUUGCCACCACCGCCACCACCUCCUUAUCCAGGACCUCCGCCUCCAUAUCGAGGACCAAUACAGAUGGGGCUAUGCCCAGGUGAGCGGGGUUUGACGCGGCCCCCAAUUCACAUAGGGCACCCAGUGCCAGUUCCGGGUCCGCCCAUGGUCCCUAUUGUUCAUACCGGUACGCCAUCAAUGUCACCUCAUCCUCAACGAAGACCUUUGCUUCUGCAGUCGUGUUCACAGGAGCAACCUUUAUUACUGGAGGAGCUUUUAGAGCAAGAGAAGCGUGAACAAGAAAAACAACAACAGCAACAACAACAAGCUGACACAACAACACCCAGUGGAGCUCUAUUGAGUGACAGUGAAUUUGAGAGACUGAGAGCUGAAGCUCUUGCUUCACCACCUCAAGGAAUUGCAACUGUCACCGGUGGAGUGACUGCCAUAAGACCAGCUUGUGCUCCAAGACCACCUUCAUCUCCAGGUGCAAACUGGUCUCCAGCAACGCCUGAUCCGAGCAAAUUAGUUGUUCAAGCUGCAAGACAACCGAUUUCCACUCAAACACCCCCUGAACCACGCAUUGUGACGUUUAAUAUUCCUCAACUGCCGGCGCCACCUGCACCUCCGGAAAAUAUUAUUACUGAACAAGAUCGACAAGUACAGUUGCAGUAUGAGCAGUGGCUGAAUCACCAGAAUCAAAUACUCGGUCAACAACUUAAGUUUUAUGAAACUGAAGUCCAGAAACUGCGAAAACUUAAAAAGUCACUGAACAGUAAACAACGUCAGUUGCGAAAAUCAGGUAAUGAAUUAACAGAAAAUGAUAACGCUGAACUGAUUCGAAUAACAAGCGAACAAGGUAUUCUACAAAAACACUUGGAUGCAAGCAGAAAACAAACUCGACAACACGGAAUGCUGAUGCAGGAGUAUCACAGUAAACAACAGCAACGUCAACUCCAACCACAAUCUAAUGAAUCAUGCUCGCCUAUGAUGUCACCAUCUCAACACUCGUCACCACUCAGCAGUCCAGCGGCGCUUGUUUCACACAGUCCAGGUCCUGGAAGUGCUUCUUCCACGAUGAUUCAACAUUCACCGGCAAAUUCAAUCGUGCAACACAGUCCAAAUCCACCCAUGUUACAACACAGUCCAGGAAAUUCACAAACAAAUCCUGGAACAAUGUCACCUCACAAUAUGCAACCAUCUCCGAGAAUUGGAACUCCUCUCUCACAAGGUGAUGAGAGUCCCUUCAGUCCUGGAGCAAUGCCGUCACCUGGAAUUUGUGUACCAGCAGCCACGAGAAUGACAUCACCACAACAUCGAGCCGUAAUUACCGGAAGACUCACUACAAGUCCCGGAGCAUUCACCACCGAUGCUCGAUCACCACAACAAAUUAUAGGCGAUCAGAACAUUCGAAUGCACGGCAUUACGCAACGUUUUGUUCGUCCACCCGCCGUGGGAGAAAUAAAUCAAAGACCUAGAAUGACUUUACAAGCCGGAAUUGUUUAUGGACAAAGAUCACCACUCGGCAGUCCACAACCACAAUCGCAACCAAUAUUGACUCAGCAGCAACAUCAGCAAAUGCUUCACAGACAGCAAAUGAUUCAACAGCAACAUGAAGUCGUUCCACAGGAUAAUCAACAAAAUAUCACUCAGAGAACGUUGCAGAUGGUCCAACACAGGCAGCAACUCUUGCAGCAGCAGCAACAACAACAACAGCAGCAACAGCAACUUCUACAGCAGCAGAGGCAACAAUUUCUGCAAUUGCAACAACAGCAAAACCAACAGCAGCUUCAGCAACAAACUUUGCAGCAGCAAAAUUUACAACAACAAAACUUACAGCAACAACAAAAUUUACAACAGCAAACUUUACAGCAACAGCCUUUACAACAAUCACAUCAGUUGCAGCAACAACUUCAACAACAGCAACAAUUGCAGCAGCAGCAAAUUCAACAACAACAGCAACAAAUGCAACAGCAACAGCAGCAUAUGCUACAGAAACCGCCAACAUCUCCCAUGGUUAAUCAACCUGUAAGUUCUCCUAGUCCACAACUUCAUCAGCAAAUGCAACAAAACUACGGACAACAACCGCCAAGUUCUCCACUGGCACGUAGUCCAGUAGUCCAAACAAUGGGAUCACCAAUGAUUCAACAGCAACUUAAUCAAUCAUCACAACCUCCAAGUCCCAUGGGUUCUCGUGUACACAAUCAUCCAUCUACCUCUCCAAUGCUUCAACAUCAAUUGAAUAAUUCUCAUCAUCCACCGCCUUGUCAGACACCCAAUUCGCCAAUGCCUCGCAGUCCAAUGGUCGGUGGUUCUCCAAUGCAAAUGCAAAGAAGACAAUCCAGUGGAAAUAGUCCUGCAAUGCCUGACAGACCUCAGAGUGUUGAAAAUCCUGGUACACCACGAACUCCACAUACACCUCACACUCCACAUGGAAAUUAUUCACAAAAUUCCAUGAAUCAUGAUCAACAAAUUCAACAACAAGAACAAAAUACCAUGGAUCAUUCAAGAGGUGGAGGAAAUCCACAUAAUCCCGUCAAUCCUCUACCGGUGCCUCGAAGUUUCGGAAGAUUUGGCUAUUUUAAAUUGGGACUCAGAGGAGGAUCACCCAUGUGGUCUACAAAACCUGAGACCAGCAAGGGCAAAACAACCGAGCCAACUUUAAGUAUUGAUGAAAAACCAAAUCCUCCAACACUCGUGCAUAGAAAAACAUCACUUAAAAAUUCUCUAGUCUGUGCGGAUUACAAUGAUUUUGACGAUGACUCACAUACUCCACCGCAAACAUCCCCGCUUACAAUUGAACCCAAGGCAACAACUUCUUUGACCGAUAGUGCUCUAAGUAGUCCGAAUGAUAAAUUAGAACCAAUUCCUGAUACAACCGACUAUGACGAUGAUAAAAAUGUUGUUAAUUCCGAAGUGACCUUGAGUUCCGCUGCACAGGGAGACAAUGAUGACAUCAAUGAUAUUGAACAAUUUGGAGAUACAAAUCUAGAAGAUGUGAUAUGUCCAUUGGAGGCUGAUAAUCAGGAUGAGUACACUUUAAACGGACUUUUUGCCCAGGACAUGGUUCUCAUUGACAGCAAUGAUUCCCUCAGUAACGCUCUCAUAAAUGACAGCAAUCAGAAUCACAAUCUUCAAAUGCAAAUAUUGGGACUUGAACCAAGUGAAACUCAACCUGAGGUACAUCUUGGAGAUGAAGAUGUCCAGCUGCAUGUAAGGAAUAAAAAAGAUCUACAUCUGAAUAUUGUGAAACCGGUUGAAACUGGAAAACGUCUCGCUGCUGUUACUGAUACACCAGAAUCUUCCGAUCAAGAAGAAUUACACACAAUUUUGCCUCAAACUCAAGCUGUUAUACCAACAAAAGGUGGUAAAAUUCCAGAUCAAAAUAUUCGAACAGAAAAUGUGAAUAAAGUCAUCGAGGAAAAAUUAAAAGAGAAAAUUACAAAUGAAAUUAAAAUUGAAAAAAAAUCUGAUACAAAAGUUCUUGAGUCGAUUUUAGAAAAGCCGAAAUUAUACCACGAACCAGUACCACGUACAGUAACAAAUCCUCAAGUAUCUACGGUAACAAUUGUCUCAUCUCGAGCUAAUCCAUUCACUGUUGCAAAAUCAUCUUCCAUUCAUGCCACCACGAGUGUUAAUAUUGAAAAACCUGCUCCAAAAUCAAACACAACUUUUGCAUCCUACACAUCAAAGGAAACAUCUUCAUUUGAUAAUCAAAAUCGUGGAGGACUAACCAUGGGAUCAAUAGUCACUGAUGCGAAAAUUGCCGCACGACUCACUCAGGCAACAUUGAAAGGAACGUAUUUAAAAGAUUCAAAAGCUGAUGCACCACCAGUUUCACUAAAAACAGGAAUAGAGAAAACAAUCGAGGAAGUAUCAAAAGCCAUCAAACCCGAUAUAAACCCAAAAAUUAAUAUUCCAAUUCAGAAAAUGCAAAUGUCAACUUCAAAAAUAUUAAUUCCUGAAGCAAUGAAAAAAGAACCUGUCACAAAGUUAAUCGACUCAAAAGCUGGAACUUCACGUGAAGAGGAAAAGAAAAAGGAAAAUUGUGUUGAACGAAAAAUCGAAGUUGAAAAAACUCCAAAAAUUGAAACAAAAGAGGAUAGAAAACCCGACUCUUCGAAUACCACCGACGAACUUGAACUUGAACUCGCAGCUUUACAUAAUCCUGCAGAAAAUAUUGCAAACGGUGAGAGAAAUUUAAAAAAAGAAGAUCCCAAUCCACCUACCAUGGAAAAUUCCUUUCAAGGUAGACACAUUUCACCAGUCACUGAGGACAACGAGUCUCUUGUUCAUAUUUUGGAAAAUGAUUCCGAACCCGUUACCGAAAGUGUUGUUCGCGAAGAAAAACCGGAGAAUUCACAACAGGAAAAAGUAAAACCCCGAUUGGAGCCAGAAACGAACAAUAAUCCAAUUUCAUUGAAUAGAGAUAAUGACGCUAAUUCAUUUUCGAGGAAAAACGCCGCGGUGCAAAAAAUUCUAAUGGAAGAAUCUCCAGAUGAAAUACUGGAUUUGUUGGAUGGUAUUAUAUCUUUGAAGCCCGAAAUGGCGAAUGCGGAUAAACAGAAAACAAAUCUGCACUAUCAAGUACCAACUCCAUCAGGUACUCUACCAGCAAAUAUUCUUCAGGAUUCAUCAGCGGAUUUGGAACAAGGAACUUCAGGUACUGAACGAACUGAAAGAACUUCGCCGCAGACUCCACAAGUUGUCCAACGAAGAGAAUCCUCAAAUACACAAAAUACAGUACCUAUAAUGCCAACAGUUGUAACAGUUGCACAAUUACAAAGAGCUACAAGUUCAGUUUCCCAUCACUCUCCACUUUCUAAACCUUCCGAUUUGACCCAAAACAUUAAAAAUGGAUCUCAACAAUUGAGAAAUCUUCUCUCUUCAUAUCAAUCAAAUCAUUCACAAAGUCACGUAACAACUACAACAAACAUUGUAACUCUUUUGUCUCCAUCAUCAACAUCAAAUUCCAAAUCCGGAACUACAGCAACAACAAGCAGCAUUUCUGCUCCUUUAUCAUCAAUGAAUGUUCAAGGAAAUCGUCUGCAAACAACAACUCCUGUUAUAACAAGCACAGUUCAUGGGAAAUCGGACUCGGAAAUUAUUUCAACUAAUACGCAACAAAUUAAAGAAACCAAUACGGCUGUUACUCUAGUGUCAAAUUUAGCGAAAUCAUUACCCUCUGAUCAUUUUCUACGUGUGACUGUUAGUGGAAUUCAAACACAAACGAGUACAAUUGCUCUUCAUACGCCAACAAAUACUGCUCCAAGGCCAACUGGAAUUUCAAUCACUUCAAACGCAAUGUUGAAUGCAAUGCUCGCUGGAACUAAUUCAGCGAAACCAACAAUGGCUGGAAGAGCUAAUACACAUUUGACUCAUACCAGUAAUUUAUUAAGUUCUGUGAUGCCUUCGUCGUCUAUACAGCGAGCGCAGAAUGUUCAAGCAAUUCUGCAAGUCAGCUCCAGCUGCUCUUCCGUACCAUCUAGAGUUCUCGUUAAUGUGACUUCCGCUGCGGUGAGUUCGUCAAUGCAAUGUGUCAGGACAAUAGUUCCACCAAUGGUAACAGCAACAACAACACCAGUUAAUGUUACUACCAGCAUUUUACAAUCAACUUUAUCGCAAGCACCAACUCUAUUGCAUUCUCAAUUAACAUCAGGAGAUGUACAAUUCAAGACUGGAUCAUUGCCAAUCGACAGUAAAAAUGUCGAACCCGAUGCGUUACCAAUGAGCUCUACAAUCAAGAAAGAACCAGAUGGACUUCAAUCAAAAUUGCAUUCAAGUGAGAAUUCAACAACGAGACUCGAUUCUGAUAUCAACAAAAUUGGAGCAACAUCACAUCGACUGGAGGAAUCGCAAAACGUUUUAUUGAAACAACUUUUGCAAAACACAGCCUGCGCUACCACAACACUAUCAUCAUCAAGUAGUCAAGGACCAAGUUUACCUCUGGUCCCAUCUCUAGAAGCUCAAUUAGCCAGACCCGUGCCUCCAACGCCGUCUUCCUUACUCCCACCCCUAUUAAACGAACUCCCAGUGAGUAAAACGCCUCCCACGAAGCAAGUAUUAACAAAAGAAACCUCAUUCGUGUCACACGCAAUCACAACACCUAAAAUGCAGAGUACAAUACUUAAGGAAGAAACACCAAAAGUUUCUCCCUUGCAACAACCAGUAACAACGUCUUCCCUAAACGUUCAAACAAUUGCACGAUCAUUGGAAACAUUAGCUAAGCAACAAGUUCACAAUCAGCAUAUUAAAAAUCUCUCAUUAACAAUUCCCGGUGGUAUUCAAACUCCACCUGUAACUAAAACAAUACCAACACCACCUGUAGUUUCCGAAAGCUCUACGACACCACUGGAAAAUGUUUCAUCACAAUCUUCAAUUGUAUCAACCUCUGAGGUGAUUGCUCAAGUCACACAAGUGCAACAAAGAGCCACGACUCCUGUCACUGUUGCCAGACAUAUUGUUCAAACAAAACCAAUAGUUACGACAAUUGCUCUUAAAGCUGCUUUGUCAAAUUCGGAAGUUGUUUCCAAUCUUGUGCAAACGGCUCAACAAUUUUCAACUCCAAUCACGCAGGCUGUUGUUAGUGAGGCUCAACAACAACAACAACAACAACAACAACAAUUAGUUCUACCUCCAAAACCUCCAACUCCAGUUCAACAGACUCAGCAACAGUCUCCAGUUGUUAGUACAAUACAACCGUCAGUGCCUCAGAUGACGACUCAUCCUUUAAGUCGUCCUCAAGCUCAGAUGCCACAAAGUACAAUUACGUCACACACAGUGCCUUUGAUGGAAGUGAAGAAAGAAAUUCUUGACGAAGUUCUCCCUGGUGGUAACUCUGUUCAACUUAACGAUACCAAAGACUUUCUUCCUGCCAAAGAAGAGCUCGUUGAUGGAACCAUCGAUGACAAAAAUGAUCUCAAAAAAUUGAAAAGAAGGCAGUAUCAGCAAAAACGUAGACAAAGUCAGGGUAAGGAUGCAGUGAUGGGUCCACAAAAGAAGCGUGCGAGAAAAGAACCACGUUUAGUUGAAGAUUACGAUACAUAUAUCGACAAUGUAAUGUUACAAUUAAGACAAUUACCAGGAAUGGCUGUAUUGGAACCUCUCUUAAGUAGAAAUUAUGGCGUAUGUCCUGUUUUUGGAUCUGGUGAAUUAUCAAAAAUUGGUACUGCAAAAGAUUAUAAUACAAGAACAGGUGAUUUAAUUGGUUCUUAUGGAAAUGCAAGACUUUCGGGUAUCUCUGAUCAUUAUAAUACUCAACCCUUUGGCGAAUUGGAUCCCCUACCACCUGUUCCACCAGUUUCAACACAAAGAGGAUUUUAUGAUCAAGAAUUUCCACCAUUGAAAUUUGACGACACAGAUGACAGAAAAGAAAAUAUGUCAGCCACCAGAGACAUUGACACUCCGGAUACAGUUGUUAGUUCUUCAUCUCCUGAAUGUGUGAUUCCUGAUACUCUUCAUAAAUUUCCGUAUCUUCGAGUUAUUAUGGAUGAUGAGUCUGAUGAUGAUUCGGAAAAUCAAAAUCGUUAUUCACCUCCAAUACCUUUACUUAAUCCAGUUCCGAUUCGAGCUGGACCGGGAUCAUUUAUCAAGGAAAUUGCUAAUAAUGAUAAAGAAAAUUUGGGAACUUCCAGAAUUGGUAAAACAUCUCCGGUAACAGCAAAAGAAACUGGAAACAUCAAUGUUACAGUGACAUUGAAUAGUCAAUCAUCUGAUGAUAUUUUAGGAGUUCUCAAAGAUUUGGCAAAUAUUUUAAAUUGUCCUGCACCCACAGAUUAUCAGAUUGAAGAGCGUACUACUACCCCACCUAGUCAGAAAUUGGGUCUUUAUCGAACAAAGGGAAAAGACGGAAAGGAAGGAGCACCGAUUGAUAUUCAAAGUAUUUUAAAUGGAGCUGCCAAAUUUUGUCGGCAUUGUGAUGUUGUUAUUUUAAAUACUUUGAUUAGAAAAAGGGUUUCUGAAUUUUCUCUAAUGAGCAAAGAUGAUUUGGAACCUGCCGAUGAAGUUUGCUUUUGUUCUGCCGAGUGUUAUUUUCAAUUUUCCGUUAUUUAUAAAACUUCCAACAUUUCUCAAGAUAAGGCGGCAGCGAUUGUGGAUCACCUUAGUCAAAAAACAGACAGCAAAUUCAUCGAGGAGAAUCUGAAGAAGUUCCAGGACAAGAAAUUCUUUGGAAAACAAUCGUUGGAUCGUGACGAGAAUAUUCUACGAUUGAAACGAUUAUUACCGGAUUAUGACAGAUGUAAAAAUGAAAUUGAUUUGCAAGAUGGUCGCUUUGGCAAGAAGAGAUCAGUUUCAGUCUUGGAUGAACCAAUGAUCAAUUCUAAUGAACCGCAUCCACCAGUUAAAGUUCAUAAGGGCGAUCGUUACAAAGUCUGGUCAGCAGGUGUAUUGCAACCAUCUGUCAAAUAUAAGAAACUUAAUGAACGUGAAAUCACCGAGAUGCUUUUCCGUAUGGGAGUGACUGUGAGUCCAGCAAAAGCUGAAGAUACGAGGCGUUGCAUCUUUUGUCAAAAUCAAGGUGAUGGAGCUGCCGAUGGUCCAGCACGUUUAUUAAAUUUUGAUGUUGAUAAAUGGGUCCAUUUAAAUUGUGCUCUUUGGGCGCAAGAAGUCUUUGAAACGGUGAAUGGAGCACUAAUGCAAUUUGACGAAGCUCUACAGCACACUCUCACCUUAAAUUGUGUUGUUUGCGAGAAACCAGGUGCUUCUGUCAGAUGCUAUAAAACACGGUGUACCAACUAUUAUCAUCUUGGCUGUGCUGUUAAAGAUAAUUGUGUUUUCUUCAAGAGCAAGAACACCUUCUGCUCUCAACAUGCAUCGAAAAAUGAUAAAGACGAAGAACUAACAACACUCUCUGUAUACAGGCGAGUUUACGUGAAUCGUGAUGAAAAUAGACAAGUAGCUUCUGUGAUGCAUCACUCGGAACACAAUCAUCUUCUUCGCGUUGGAAGUUUAAUUUUCCUGAGCGUUGGACAACUACUUCCACAUCAACUCGCAAAUUUCCACACACCAAAUCACAUUUAUCCCGUUGGCUAUAAAAUUGUGAGAUUCUAUUGGAGUAUGAGAACACUAAAUAAACGUUGUCGUUACGUUUGUUCGAUUCACGAUGUCUCGGGAAAACCAGAAUUUCGCGUACUCGUUCAGGAGCCACCGCAGGAAGAUCUUGAAUUACGUGACGCAACGCCACGUGCCGUUUGGAAUAGAAUUCUCGAGCCACUUGCACAGUUGAGACGUGACGAAAAAAAUGUCCAACUCUUUCAACGUUACAUCACUGGCGAAGAUCUUUUUGGUCUCACUGAGCCCGCGGUGGUUCGUGUAUUGGAAAGUCUACCGGGAAUUGAAACACUGACUGAUUAUAGAUUUAAAUAUGGUAGAAAUCCUCUUCUUGAGUUGCCAUUGGCAAUUAAUCCAACUGGUAGCGCGAGAACGGAGGCGAGGCUGAAAAAUCAAUUACCUUGGAAACGGCCGCAUACACAGAGAACGGGAUCAUCAGCACGACAGAAUUUUGCACCAACUACAAAUGUUGCUGGUGAAGCCACAUGUCCCUAUUCGAAACAAUUUGUACAUUCUAAAAGUUCGCAAUAUAAGAAAAUGAAACAGGAAUGGCGAAAUAAUGUUUAUUUGGCGAGAUCGAAAAUUCAAGGUUUGGGUCUCUAUGCAGCGAGAGAUUUAGAGAAACACACAAUGGUUAUUGAAUAUAUCGGUGAAAUGAUCCGAUCAGAAGUUGCUGAAACGAGGGAAAAGCAAUACGAGGCUAGGAAUCGCGGUAUUUAUAUGUUCCGUUUGGACGAGGAUCGCGUAAUAGACGCAACUCUAUGUGGAGGACUUGCUCGUUAUAUUAAUCACUCUUGCAGUCCUAAUUGCACCACUGAAAUCGUCGAAGUCGAUAGGGAUCUCAGAAUAAUUAUCUUUGCUAAGCGAAGAAUCUCACGUGGCGAAGAGCUAUCAUACGAUUACAAAUUUGAUAUCGAAGAUGAUCAACACAAGAUACCAUGUGCUUGUGGUGCGCCUACCUGCCGUAAGUGGAUGAACUAAAUUAAAAAAAGGUAAAUCCACCGUUGUUAUUGUUAAUACGUUAUUGGGUAGGGUUUUACAAUUAUUAAAAGAUUUAUAUAUAUACAUAUAUAUAAAUAAAAAUAUAUUAUAUAUAUAUAUAUUGACAGACAUUAUUUAAUUUGUAAAGUGCCAUUGCAGUGCGACUAAACGAUUUAUAAUAAUGUUGGUGCUAAGCCAUCACGACAUUCCUCCAAAGUUGUACAAUUUUUUAGUUUUACUUAAUAAUUGAAUCAGGAUAAUCUAUCAUUUGUAUAAUACGUUUAAUGAAUUAAUUAAUUAAUUAGGGAGGAAAACACGACGAUACCCUGUCGCAGACAAAUAUAAAAUUAUAUAUAUCUAUAUAUAUAAAUAUAUACAUAUAUAUCAGUCGUGUACACAUGUAUACAAAAUGAAUUUAUAUCUUUGUAUGUUGAGAAUCCAGUCGAGAUUUUUCGACAAAUAAUGUAAUAUAAACAAAUUUUUAUUAAGUAUUAUUAUUGAAUAUUUUCUGCACCGUCUCUGUAAAUAAAUUAGAAUUAUAUUUCGAAUCACCGAGAUGUAAAGUAGAUGUAUCUAAAAAUAUUAUACACAAUAUUAUGUGAUUACAUGAUAAUAAAUCUGUAUAAAAAAUA